AAUGUCUUUCUAAUCAGAAAUAGCAAAAAAAAAAAAAAAUCUGCGCUAGGAUUUUAACGCUGUUUAUGCACACAUGGCUACUUUCCAACGAUAAUAAACCAUUUUAGAGAAUACUGAAUACUGGUUUAUGGAGUUGGCUUGUGGUCUAUUAUCUAAAACGCGAAUCUUGGACUAGGGGGCCUUCCGACUUGCCGUAGCGCCAUGUUUCUGUAUCCAUGGAAACGCGGUGAAUCAGUUGGCCCGAGAUUAGCUGCUUGUUUUGGUCUGAGUAGUUAGCUUAAUUAGUAAUGUACAAUAUCUGAUUAAGAUGUUUUCAUGUAUAUUAUUUCUAAUUUCGGCUUUUGUUUAAAGAUAAAAUGAGCUGUCAUUUGGUGAAUGAGGCUAGUUAGCUAGGUUAGCUUUACGGAUUAGCCGGGUUAGCUCGUGCCAUGGAUCAGUACAGUAUUCUCGGCAGGAUUGGCGAAGGAGCGCAUGGAAUUGUGUUCAAGGCCAAACAUAUCGAGACAGGAGAGACAGUGGCACUGAAGAAAGUGGCCCUACGAAAGCUAGAAGAUGGGAUUCCCAACCAAGCCCUAAGAGAAAUUAAAGCACUUCAGGAAAUUGAAGAUAACCCAUAUGUAGUAAAGCUGAAGGAUGUGUUCCCACAUGGUACCGGCUUUGUGCUGGUCUUUGAGUAUAUGCUGUCGGAUCUGUCGGAGGUUAUCCGGAACUCUCAGAGACCCCUGACCGAGUCUCAGGUCAAAGGCUACAUGAUGAUGUUGCUCAAAGGGGUGGCCUUCUGUCAUGAGAACUCCAUCAUGCACAGGGAUCUGAAGCCUGCAAACCUUCUAAUCAGCUCAACAGGUCAUUUGAAGAUUGCUGAUUUUGGUCUGGCCAGGCUUUUUUCCAACGACGGAGAGAGGCUUUACAGUCAUCAGGUGGCCACAAGGUGGUACAGAGCUCCAGAGCUUCUAUACGGCGCUCGGAAAUAUGACGAAGGAGUGGAUCUCUGGGCAGUGGGUUGUAUUUUCGGGGAGCUGCUGAAUAACUCUCCUCUUUUCCCUGGAGAGAACGACAUCGAGCAGCUGUGCUGUGUGCUCCGUGUCCUGGGAACUCCCAACCAGAAAGUGUGGCCGGAGAUCACAGAGUUGCCAGAUUACAACAAGAUCACGUUUAAAGAUAAUCCACCGAUCCCUCUGGAGGAAAUCGUGCCCGAUACGUCCCCUCAGGCCAUUGACCUGCUGAAGAAAUUUCUCGUGUAUCCGUCCAAGCAGAGGAUUAGUGCCAGACAGGCUUUACUGCAUCCCUACUUCUUCACUGACCCGCUCCCUGCCCAUCACUCGGAGCUGCCCAUUCCCCAGCGAGGGGGGAAACACUCUCGCCAGCGACUGCAGCCCCCCUACGAGUUCUCAGUGGACCGGCCUUUGCACGAGAGCCUGGUGGAUCCCAGUCUGAUCCAACCACAUGCAUGGGGGUGUUUAUGAGGCCUGCUUCCCUGAUCAUGGCUUCUUUGCACAGUAGCAGGUGGCUGAAGCUGACUUUGCAUUACUGAUUUGCAUUCUUAAAAUAUUCAUGAAUAUAUAACAUUAUAGGUGACAAUGAUAUUUAUUUCCUAACUGUAAUAAUACAAAUUGCAAUGUCAGGAUUGUAUGUCAAAUAUUGUCAUUUUUAAUGUUCACAAGGGAAUGGCCAUGAUUGUUGUAAAGUUGUUUAGAUCAUACUAGACCUGUGACUGGAUCCCUUCUUCUUUAGAGCACAUUUGAAUACAGCAAAGUGUCUCAGAACUACUGAUUUGAAUGUUGAGCUUAACUUCCUGUAAAUAGACCUGUCAGCUCUGCCCUUGUGUUUUGUUUUGUUGUUGUUUUUUAUUUUCUUUUUCAGCUGUGCAUUCGCUUCGUAAUAUUAACUUUGCUGGCAGUGUUUCAUAAUCCUCAGCAGAGGUGGCUCAUGGGAUUCGAGCGACGCCUUAGAUAACAGCAAACAGCCACCACAUGACUGAAACCACACCCUGUUUACUAUAUAGUGCACUGUCAUGUCUAAAAACUUGGUGGAGAAGAUCCAGCACUCUCAUAAAAUACUGAACAAAAUACCCUUAAUGCAACUGAGUAGAGUUCAGCUCCCUUGCUAAGUGUGGUUUAAGUUCAUCUCCUUCAAUCAAUCGCCUUUCUUUUUGCAAACAUAACUCUAAUGAUUUUUUUUUUUAAUUUCUGUUUAUUUUGACUUUUUGCCUGUUAUCACCUGAUUUGGGAAUACCAGCAGUAAACGGUCUGAUUUCCUCUAACAGCCACAGCACAUGUUAAAGAUGCAGAUUGCAAUUUUAAACAUUAUUCUAGACCUACAUAUAAGUAGUAUUAAUUGAAUUUUAAAUCUACUUUAGUAAAUUUGUGAUUGGCAUUAUUCCCAUGUAAUGGAUCUCACUAGUCUCUUCAUUUUAGGCUCCUGAUACUGAUUUUUUUCAAACCCAGAUGCAGCCUAGCAGCUCAGCUCUGAACCUUUUCUCUGAAAUGCAAUUCAUCAGACAUAAACAGUUUGGGUUGUGGGGGAAGAGGAAGGCUCGUCAAUGCUUUCAUUGUAUUUUACUUGCUGUUUGCUUCACAGGCAAAAGAAGUUGCUAAAUAUUACAAACUGCUACUUUAUCGCAUUGUCAUAUCACUUCGAUUAUUCUUACUAGAGAAGUCACGCAAAGGCACACUUUACACACUGAAAUAUUGUUUAAUAAAAGGGUUCAUUAAAUCAAAACAAAAUAAAACAAACAAAAAAAAAAAUGUAUGACCCAUUGGGUAAGGGUGUUCCAUCAUCUGAAAAAAAAAAGCACACUUUUUCUUGGUUAAAAAAAUUGUAUGUCACACAUCUUAAAAAAAAAAAAAAAAAAAAAAAAAAAAAAAAAAAAAUUGAGCAGUAGUUUUGAAUGUGGUAUGUUCACACUUUCACACUUUUACAGUCGGUAGAGAAGAGAUACUGUAGCUGCAGUCCUAGUCCAUUAGCGCACAUGUCAGUUUGGGGCAACUUCCUCUUGUAUAAAAUUGGUGCAUAAAACGUGCUCAAAAAUCAUUAUGCUAUGUUGUAUGUUAUUAUAUAAUAUAUACCGUAUAUUAUUUAUUUGAUAUUAUUUACUUACUAAGUAUAUGUGUUACAUGUGUCUACUAACAGGCAGUAUAUCCACACACACACACACACACACACACAUAUACACACUAUAGCAGCCACCCCUUUCAGAUCUGGCCCUAUUGGUUCUUUGAUUAAGUUGUAUUUUGUUCUGAAUUUAAAAUAAAAGAAAAUCAAUAUUUACAAAGUCCAGUGUGACAUCUUCCCCACUGAAAGGGCAAAUUGUCACAAGUGCACACCCUCUACUUCAGGGUUCCCAAAUUUUUUUGGCAAAUAACCCUAAAUGUACAUUAUGAAUUGUCUACCACUCUACAUUUUUUUUUUUAAAUUCCAGAUUUAUAAUUUAGGACUCCUGCAACAUUUGAACAUUUUAUUAUGUCAGUAACGUGUAUAAUGUAAGUGACUAAAAACCAAAUGAAUAUUCCUAGUUGGGAAGGAUAAA